AUGGCGACCAAGAAGGCGGGCUCGCGGCUGGAGACGGAGAUCGAGCGCUGCCGCUCCGAGUGCCAGUGGGAGCGGAUCCCUGAGCUCUGCAAGCAGCUGUCGGCCAAGCUUAUCGCCAACGAUGAUAUGGCUGAGCUGCUCCUUGGGGAAUCCAAACUCGAACAGUUCCUGAAAGAUAACCCAUUUAAACAGGGGACCAGCCCUCGAGGUCCCAGGCCAAAGCUGACAGAGGUUCGGAAACACCUGACUGCUGCACUAGACCGAGGGAACCUCAAGUCAGAAUUCUUACAAGAAUCCAAUUUGAUCAUGGCCAAGUUGAACUACGUGGAAGGGGAUUACAAAGAAGCGCUCAACAUUUAUGAUAGGGUGGGCCUGGAUGACUUGGCACUGACGGGAGCUCCACCUUACAGGUUGCGACUGAUUGCUGAAGCAUUUUCUACCAAAGGUCUUUGUUUAGAGAAGUUGCCAAUUUCCUCUUCUGCUAGUAAUCUUCAUGUAGACCGGGAGCAAGAUAUCAUUACCUGCUAUGAGAAGGCAGGGGACAUUGCCCUCCUUUACCUCCAGGAGAUAGAAAGGGUACUUAUUACCAAUAUUCAAAAUAGAAGUCCUAAGCCUGGCCCUACACUCCAUGAUCAAGAACUAGGUUUUUUCCUAGAAACAGGACUACAGAGAGCCCAUGUCCUUUACUUCAAAAAUGGGAACUUGACGAGAGGAGUCGGUAGAUUUAGAGAGAUUCUAAGAGCUGUUGAAACAAGAACCACACAAAACCUGCGAAUGACGAUAGCCAGGCAGUUAGCAGAAAUUUUGUUAAGGGGUAUGUGUGAACAGAGCUACUGGAAUCCUCUGGAGGAUGCUCCAUACCAGUCACCUCUUGAUGAUCCCCUCAGGAAAGGAGCCAAUAUGAAAAACUACUCUCUCCACCGAAGAGCCCGAGUGUACACAGGAGAAAACAUUUUUUGCCCCCAGGAGAAUACUGAGGAAGCCCUAUUGUUGUUGCUGAUCAGUGAAUCGAUGGCAAACCGAGAUGCUGUAUUGAGCAGGAUACCAGAACACAAAAGUGACCGCAUCAUCAGCUUACAAAGUGCAUCCGUAGUCUAUGAUCUAUUAACUAUUGCUUUGGGAAGAAGAGGCCAAUAUGAAAUGCUGUCAGAGUGUUUAGAAAGAGCUAUGAAGUUUGCAUUUGAGGAGUUCCACCUCUGGUACCAGUUUGCGUUGUCAUUGAUGGCUGCAGGAAAAUCUGCUCGUGCUGUAAAGGUUCUGAAAGAAUGUAUCCGUCUGAAACCUGAUGAUGCUACCAUUCCUCUCCUGGCUGCAAAGUUGUGUAUGGGUUCCCUCCAUUGGUUGGAAGAAGCUGAAAAUUUUGCCAAAAAUGUAGUUGACAUGGGAGAGAAAACAUCAGAAUUCAAAGCCAAAGGUUACUUAGCUUUGGGACUCACUUACAGUCUGCAGGCCACUGAUGCUUCAUUGCGAGGGAUGCAAGAGGUCCUGCAGAGAAAGGCUCUUCUUGCUUUUCAGAGGGCCCACAGUUUGUCACCUACGGACCACCUAGCAGCUUUUUAUCUGGCUCUGCAGCUGGCCAUAUCCAGACAGAUACCAGAAGCAUUGGGCUACGUUCGCCAAGCUCUUCAACUCCAAGGGGAUGACGCCAACUCUUUGCAUCUCCUUGCACUCUUAUUGUCAGCUCAGAAACAUUACCAUGAUGCUCUCAACAUCAUUGACAUGGCCUUGAGUGAAUAUCCAGAAAACUUUAUAUUGCUGUUUUCUAAAGUAAAGUUGGAGUCACUCUGUCGAGGCCCGGAUGAGGCCCUCCUUACCUGCAAGCACAUGUUACAAAUAUGGAAAUCCUGCUACAACCUCACUAAUCCCAGUGAUUCUGGACGUGGGAGCAGUCUCUUAGAUAGAACCAUUGCUGACAGACGACAGCUUAAUACAAUCACUUUACCAGACUUCAGCGAUCCUGAGACAGGUUCGAUUCAUGCCACCUCCAUAGCAGCCUCCAGAGUGGAACAGGCCCUUUCAGAAGUAGCUUCGUCUUUGCAGAGUAGUGCCCCUAAGCAAGGGCCCUUACACCCUUGGAUGACGCUGGCCCAGAUUUGGCUCCAUGCAGCUGAAGUCUACAUUGGAAUUGGCAAGCCUGCAGAAGCAACAGCCUGUACCCAGGAAGCGGCUAACCUCUUUCCAAUGUCUCACAAUGUCCUCUACAUGCGAGGCCAAGUCUCCGAACUCCGAGGAAACAUUGAUGAAGCCAGACGUUGGUAUGAAGAAGCCUUAUCCAUCAGUCCCACUCAUGUGAAGAGCAUGCAGAGAUUGGCUCUUAUCCUUCACCAGCUAGGCCGAUACAGUUUAGCAGAGAAGAUUCUCCGUGAUGCAGUCCAGGUGAACUCGACAGCCCAUGAGGUCUGGAAUGGCCUUGGCGAGGUCCUCCAAGCUCAGGGCAAUGAUACUGCUGCUACUGAGUGCUUCCUGACUGCGCUGGAGCUGGAGGCCAGCAGCCCCAUUGUCCCAUUUACCAUCAUUCCCCGAGUGCUCUGAGUGGGGUUUGGCCUACCGCAACGUCUGGAGGUGAGGCCAAGGACACACUUAACAGACGCCAGUGUAACCACACUAUGUGGUUGGGGGUAGGAGGGAACCUCAGUCCCUGAGGAGAUUGGGGUUAACAGAACGGAAGGGGAAAACACUUGAUAGUUUUUGCCAGGGGGAGGAAUUUAAUGAAUCACUGAGGCUGUAGACAAAUGUUAGAUCAACCAAGACGACAAACCAAACUAAAAUCAUGCUCAAUUCAUGUGUUUUUUUGGGGUUUUUUUGUUGUUGUUUUUGCCUCAUAGUAGUUUUCAAUUCUAAUGAUGUUGUUCAAAAUGGAUUAUGUGCCAUAUUUUGUUAGAUGACAUCUGAGUGCUGUAUAAAAUGAUUACGGAAUCAAUCAGCAAAUGUAGAAUAAGAUAUUCAAAGUGAAAAUUCAGUGGCAGAACAGAUUAUUUUUAGCAAACCUGUCAUGAAAACUGUUCCCUCUUUCCCACUAUUACCCUGACUCCUACCCUUGGCCCAGAAACCAAAUGUGACAUUUCUGCUUCCUGUCUCAGUACUAGUCAAAGCCAGAAGACCGGCUGAUGAGUUCUUGGUUUUGUUGUCAAUAAUUAUAAUGCGUGGCUGAUAAUUGUCUUUAUUUAGAACAAAGCCUGAGUCCAAGAAUAUUUAUAUUUUACCAAUAUAUGCCUGUUACCAGAGAAGGAAAUAUGAGUUAUUUAAGUUUAACUUUUUUAUGUGAAUUCAGAGUUUAUUUAUCAAUGGAAAUAUGUAAAAAGAAAAAAAAGAAGCUUCAAAUGGAAUAUUUACCAACAUUCCUUAUACAUUACCUACACUUGGCUAAAUGGAAAGAUGAUGUUAAUAAUAAAAUGAUUUUUAAAUGGA